AUGAGCUCGCAGCGUUAUUCACGGGUGAAUGCCCACGACGAAGAGGAAGGACCACAUUCCUAUCCGCUGAACGCGCGACCCCGACACAACGCCUCCUCGCCUUCCUCGUUCCGUUCCGGGUCCCGCUCGUCGUCACCAUCGUCGAGGCGGCUAUUGCACAACGAUGAUGAACAGACGCUGGCCGAUGCUUUUGGGGACGAAGACGAGUCCGACGAUGAUAAUGAACCGGAUGACAGGCAGCGCUUGAUGCGAGCCGACCCCGACUUCCGGGCUCCCCAGGAUAAUGGCCAUACCGCCACGGCGUCCUCGUCGGAGUCGAGUAUCGAUGCAGAGGUUCAACCAGGGCUUCUCAGGCGCUCAACAAUGCUACCAAAUUUCACGCAACCGGGCUCUGGGGGGAGUCGGCAGAUCUCCUCGUCGAAUGAUGGAGUUUUUGCCAAUCUUGCCGCCAAGCCAGAACGGGGCGAGAAGAACGAUGAUCUUCCCCCUUCAUACGAAGAAGCCGCCGCUGAUGCGACACCACCGUACUGGGAGACCACUAUUGUGGCUCCUGGUAUCUCUUCCGACGAGGUCUAUGUCGACGGAUUGCCUGUUGGAUCUGUUUUCUCAUUUGUCUGGAACGCCAUGAUCUCAAUGUCAUUCCAGCUUGUUGGCUUCUUGCUGACUUAUCUCCUUCACACCACCCAUGCCGCGAAGAAUGGCAGCCGAGCGGGCCUCGGUCUCACUCUUGUUCAGUACGGCUUCUACAUGAAAGGUGGCAACGAAAGUUCAAGCUCCGACCCUGGAAGCUCAGAUUAUGUUCCUCCGCCUGAUCCCAACAGCCACAACUUCGACCCCGACUCAGUUGGUGAGGGCGGGGGCAGUGGAGGGAACGGCGCUAUAUCUGGCAUCACUACCAGUGAAUGGAUCUCAUAUAUUCUCAUGAUUGUUGGUUGGUUCAUUUUAAUCCGUGCAGUCAGUGAUUUCCUACGGGCUCGACGUCAUGAACAGCUUGUAUUGCAGAGCCCGGAUCGUGGUCUGGGUGUACCAGUCAUUGCAGAAGGUGAACGGUCCGAGACUGUUGUCUAA